AGUGGUGGGACAAGUGAGGUGGGGGCGAAAGGGGAACGGCAGAGGGGAGGGGGAGGGGUGAGGGGGCGCUGGCAUCGGACAGUCGGUGUCGCGCCAGGCCCCCGCUAGCGGCUAGCCAAGCAAGCAGCAAGCAGUCGCAAUCCCGUCGCCUAACCAGCAUUGCUCGCCUUACCUUUUCACCCUCUUAUAAAAUCGUCAGCUGCAUAUAUUUGCCCCGUUUCAUCAGCCGGUCCCUCCGACGUCGUUCGUCGUUGUUCGUCGUCGCCAUUGCUGCCGCCACCGCCGCCGUCGCCGCUGCUGCUACUGCCGUCGUCAUCGUCGCACACGCAGUACGUCGUCGUUAUUGCUCUUGCAAUCGUCGUCUAGUCGCGCGUGGUUUUUAGCAGCGGAUGUAUUGAAGGGAAAGCGCGAGCGAACAUAAAAACGGAAUUCUUGUGAUCGAGUAAACUGAUUAUGAGUUGGAACAGUGCAGCAGUUGAGCACACAUCCGGGCCAGCGUUGUUAAAGUGAGAACAAGUUUUCGUGGUUUUCUUCGUGUGUCGCGAUCCGGCUGAUCGACCGGAACUGUAAAGUGAGAGUAAUAAAAGGAAAAGUAUAUUUUUCGCCGUUUCUCGUUAGUGAGAAAGAGAGCAAGUGCAGCGUCCAAAGGAAACGGCUAUUAAAGCGAAGCUCGUAUGUCACACGUUGAAAGAACAAGCCGUGUCAUCGUUGAAAUAAGUGCUGACAAAUAAGAUAUAUAUGUACUUUUGUGUGUUGUUCGUUACUACAGUGAGAAGUUGCAAGCUCCAAAGAAGCAGCGAAGUCUCACCGACCGCCUAACCUGUCACGGUGACCGACAUCACGGCGAGAUCGCGGCUGAUACCUCCGCGUGUUCCGGCGCAAGAACAGCAGAAUCCGGAGUUCGACCGCGGGAGGAACCAGGAGUGCGCCGAAUAAAUGACGUAAAUCCGAGGAACGGAAACGCAACGUCACUCGCUAACUCGCAAUUCCCCCUCUCCCUCCUCCGAACCUCCUCUCCCUCCCUCUUCUCUCUCUCUCUCUCUCUCUCUCCUCCCCCCUCUCUCUCUCUCUCUCUCUCUAUCCAUCUAUCCUCACUUUUCCAUCGUUUCCACGUCUCUCCUGCCCCGCCCUCCCCCGCCCGCCCCUUCUCACACCUCCCCCACACCUCCCCCUUCGGCACGCCACCGCCUCUGACCCCGGAACCACUUACGAUCCACGAUCCCCGAUCCACGCAACCGGACCCCCUGUCUGCCUCCCCCCCGCCGCCUCUUCUCCGCCCCCCGCUUACUUACGUCGCCCACUUACUCUCGCCUUCUCUCGCGCUUACUCUCCCGAAAAACCUCUCCCCGACUCUGUGCGUCUCUCUCGCCCGCCGACGAGAGACGACCCCACCUUAUACCUACCUACCUACCUACCUCACGAGUAAAGCCGCGUCUCUCGUCCCUCCUUCCGCUUCUCCUUUCUCUUCUGCCACUUCUUCCUCGAAGAGCUACAGUUCAGGUCACCCUCUUUCUCCCCCCCCUCCUCCCGAUUCGAGAGAGAGCCUCACGCUACCUCACCUCCGGAAUCAACCUUCUUCUCUUACGGCCUACCGCUACUACUAGUUACUACUAGUUACUACCACUACAACUACUACUACUACUACUAUUACUACUACUGUUACUAUUACUACUACUACCUCUCCCCGGAGUCGUCCAUCCUCGUCCUCGUAGUAGAGUACCACGAGACACCACGCGUUAGCUUGAGAACCGGCUUGAAGGACACCACGACCGGCUUUUUGAGACGCAUAUAUAUAUAUAUAUAUAUAUAUACGCGUGUAUAUGUAACAAAAGUCGAGCAGCAGCAACAGCAGCAACAGUCAGCCUACAUAUAUAUAUGUAUAUAUAUAUAUAUUGUACAUCUAUAAUUAUUCGAUAAAUGAAAGAGUAAACGCGCCUAAGAGAGCAGCACGACACACACACACACACGUACAUACAUAUAAACACAUACGUAUACACGCAUAUACAUCCUCCGUGGUCGACGUUCAGCUUCUCUCUCUCGGAAGGCUUUCAAGCUUUUUUGCCCAACUGUACCACCGCUCUGGUUGCUAAAGCGCGCGCCCUCUAUAAAGCUGUCCGAGUGCAUCGCGCGAGGAUAAAAGGAGGAUCGAAGGAAGGAUCGAAGGAUUAUUACUACCACGCCUAUAUUACCUCCAAAGAGAAAGAAAGAAAGCGGAGAUCGGAAAAAAGGCUCGACAACAACAACAACAACAACAACAGCGGCAGCAACAACAACAAUAAUAAUAACAACAGCAUCGCCUAAACGAAUCCACGAAGCCUAAUCGUUGACAAUAUAAUAUAUAUAUAUAUAUAAUAUAUACAUACGUAGAAAAGAGAAAGAAAGAAAAAGAACGUACGUUUGUUUGGUCGUUUGUUACUCCUGUUUCUUCACUUUCUUCUCACCAACACCGCGAGAAUUCUUCUUCCUCUUUCGCCAAUCGCUACCGCAAAUUCCCCCCGUCGCACCGAUCUCCAACCUCGCACCUCGAGGACUCGAGACGCGACCACCUUCUCUGCGAACACCUUCUCCACCUGGAAAAAGUCGGUGGCGAGGAUAGAGAAAGGAUAGAGAAAAAGAAGGAAAGGGAAAAGAAAGGAAGCUCUCUUUCUCCACGUUAACCACGCUUAACACAAGCUUAACCGGCAAACAGCGCUAAGAGCCGCGCACACCGGUCUCUCACCCGACUAAACGGCUUCGAUCGAUAACGAGUGGUGUUUGAUAAAGAGCAACCGAGGCGAUAACGGUGUGUGUGUGUGUAUAUGAUCGUCUAAAAAUAGUAUAGAGAAUUGGCCGUACGUACAUUUGCCGGUGACAAUCGUAGCAAGCCUUUACACGUACACACGGGACGGGUGUUCGAUAAUAUAUUAUAAUAACAUUAAUAAUAAUAUUGAUAAUACGCGACAACGAAGGUAGCGGGGCGAAUUAAAAAAAAAAAAGAAGGAAAAUUAAGAGGAAGAGAGAGGACCGAGAGGGUUUUUCGUAAAACUCGGGCGAGUUAGAGAGGAUAAGUCGGAUCUUCGGCACGGUUCUUUGCCGCGUGUUCUUUUUUUUUUUUUUUCCUACCGCGAUUCGCACCCACCACGGAAGAUAGAAAAGGGAGGUCCGAGGAUAGAGAAACUCUACACGGAAGAUAGAAAAAGAUCGAAGAUCUGCAGACUCGCCACUUGGGACCCGUUCAUGGGACAAUAAGUUACUCCUCGCUCCUACUCAAAGAAACGCUUCUUGCUCGAAAAAGACGGUGCGAGUGAACGCGACCGUGAACAGGCUACGUGGGGAUCGAGAGGAAGAGGAGAGAUAAAGUUGAAAAGUCGGGUCGAAUAGCCGGACUUUUGUGUUAUCCUUCGCUUCGAAGAGGAAGUUAUAAGUCCCACGGUCUUCCAGGACUUGGAAUUAUGGCAAUGGUCAACAUGAAUAACCUGCUGAACGGCAAGGACUCCCGGUGGCUGCAGCUAGAGGUUUGCAGAGAGUUCCAGCGCAACAAGUGCACCAGGCCCGACACGGAGUGCAAGUUCGCCCAUCCACCGGCUAACGUCGAGGUGCAGAACGGACGGGUCACCGCUUGCUACGACAGUAUCAAGGGCCGAUGUAAUCGGGAAAAACCCCCGUGCAAAUAUUUCCAUCCACCACAACAUCUGAAGGACCAGCUUUUGAUAAACGGGCGUAAUCAUUUGGCCCUAAAGAACGCGCUGAUGCAGCAGAUGGGUCUUACACCGGCCCAGCCACUAGUGCCUGGCCAGGUACCAGCAGUGGAGGCACCAGCACCUCCGGCACCACACCAUCACCUUCAACAGCAAAUCCAGCAGCAACUUCUCGCUACCCACGCCUUUAUGGCGACGAAUCCGUACCUGACCGGUAUGCCGCAGGUUGGCAACACGUACAGCCCGUAUUUCGCGCCCAGCCCCAUCAUGCCAGCGAUCAUGGGGCCUGCGGACCCAACCGGAGUCGGAAGCCCAUUGGGCGUGGUCCCGCAGACGGUGGCGAUGCCGCAGAAGAUGCCACGUACCGACCGCCUCGAGGUAUGUCGCGAGUUUCAACGCGGGGCGUGCAAACGCGGCGAGACGGAGUGCCGGUUUGCGCACCCCCUCGAGACGGUGCAGGCGAACGAGGACGGCUCUGUGACGGUCUGCAUGGACGCUGUCAAGGGCCGAUGCAAUCGGGACCCCUGCCGCUAUUUCCACCCCCCUCUGCACCUUCAAGCCCACAUUAAGGCCGCACAAUCUCGGGCUAGCAUUGCGACGGCGACUAUGCCGACGAACGUAGCGGGAAUGGGCGCGUUGGCUGGCGGAGUGUCAGGAGUGCCGGCAACUGCGGUUCCCGGAGGACUUCAGAGCGCCAGUAUGGCAAGCAUCGAACUCGGCAAGAAGCGGAUGCGCGACUCCAAUGAUGAUCUGCUAAUGGUACCACGGCUUAUGCAUGAAAUGGACAUGAAGUCUGUCGGAUCGUUCUACUACGAGAACUUUGCCUUCCCAGGAAUGGUUCCGUAUAAACGACCGGCGGGCGACAAGUCCGGCAUGCCGGUCUAUCAGCCUACCGGCGCGACGACCUAUCAACAGUUAAUGCAGCUGCAGCAGCCCUUCGUGCCUGUGUCAUGUGAGUACACUGGAACACCACCCCUACCCACCCAAACCUCUAACCAAUCGGUCGUGCAACCCCCGAACGUGCAAAGCAACCACCACGCGGUGGUAGUUCAGUCCUCCUCCUCCUCCCAAGGAACCGGCGGCGCCACGGUCAAUAACUGCGCCGACGCCAACAAUGGCGUGAUGAUGGAUCCCUGCAACAACCCACCGCCACCACCUCCAACCGCCGACAAUAACAGUAACAAUAGUAACGUGAAUAACAAGCAGCCGAAUCCAACGCAGAAUCACGAUGCCGAAAACGCGCACAACUCCCCCGAAUUGAAUCACGCGAGUCCCGCGACCAUUUCGCAGCAACAGCAACAGCAGCAACAACAACAACAGCAGCAGCAACAGCAGCAACAACACCAACAACACCAACAGCAUCAACAGCAACAGGCUCAACAGGCUCAGCAGCAGCAACAGCAGCAACAACACCAAUUGCAACAACAGCAUCAACAGCAACAAUUGCAGAACCAAUUGGCGCUGUCGGCCGCCAGCGUGCAACCCGCGAUGAGCCCGUUGACCUCGGUCGCCGGCCUAACCUCGAUGCCAGGCGUGGUCAUGGCCUCGAUGGCCUCGAUGACGAACGUGCCCUCGGUCACGAACAUGGUGUCCAUGGCCAACUACAACGCCACGAACAUGGCAAGUUUAAACAUGCUGAACAGCCUGGGCAUGGCGUCCGGAUUGCCCGCGUCCCUUGACCCCGCCGCCCUCGCCAAAGAGGUCGCCCAGAAGAACUACGCGAAGGCGAUCAAGCUUUCCCAGGCGUCCCAAUCGUACGGUAUCAAUCAGCUCACAGCGUUGAACUACACGGGUGUCGCGUUGAACAAGCAAGCGUUGGUUAAUCCGGCGGCCGCCGCCGCGGCUGCCGGCAAUCCGGCUGUUGCCGGCCUCCCGGCGACAGCGGCGACACCUAGGCCAGUGAUCCCGAACCUGACCGGGAUUCCCGGCGCCCUCACCUCCCCCCUCUCCGCUGGAAUCUUGGCCUACUCGAGGCCACCGACCGGAGCGCCGAUCAAUCCUUACUCUCUGAUGAGGCAACAGAUCCUUCCCAAUCCUUACGUUCAGGCCUCGAUACCUGCCGUUCCUGGGGCGGCCGCUGCCGCUGCCGCCGCCGUCCAGGGCAAUCCCUACGUGCAGAAUCCUUACACGGUUCUACCGGGUGUCGCCAGCAUGCCUGGGGUCGCGGCCAGCGUGGCGGCAGCCGGUGUACCGGGUGUACCCCAGAUACCACAGAUACCGAACCCGGCCACGAUCGCGGCCCAACCGCAGGUAGCGAUUCCGGUCAGUUCUGGGGUGAUCAUGCAACCGUACAAGAAGAUGAAGACCUCGUAAACGGGGGGGAGGGGGGAGGGGGUCGUUGUCGCUCUCCGCUCGAAAAGGGGGAUAUUUUUCUCGCCUCCCCUUUUCACGUCUCUGGUUCCUUCUUCUGGGCCCUCCGCGUUUUCUCUCUCUCUCUCUCUCUCUCUCUCUUUUUCUCUCUUUCGCAGGGGAACGUCCCGUUAGACACACAUACACAUAUACACGAUGAUUGUUCGAUCGUCCUCUUCGCGAUCGUGAUUCCUUUCCCCUAGAUAGAUAGAUAGAUAGACGGAUAGAUAGAUGGAUCAUGGUCGAAGAGGGGGGAUAUGUAUUUUUUUUCUUCUUUUUUUCUUUUUUGAUGCAAAUCGUCGUAACGAUUUUUAUUUCCGUCUUCUCGUACGAUUUAGUAUAGUUUCGACGAUAGUAAUAGGAUACAAUAUGGAAUUGGGAUAUCGAGAGUAAUUAGAUCGAAAUCGUUGCCGACCUAUUUUUUGAUUUAGCGUGAUAACGUGAUCGUGAGAUUAGAUAGAUAGAUAGAUAGAUAGAUAGAUAGAUAGAUAGAUAUAUAUACGUAUAUACAUUAUGUACUAUGAUUAUAUUGAUUAUAAGGAAUUGAAUAUGUAAAGGGGAACGUUCCUGCGAGCGAAAGAGAGAAAUAUAUAGCGAGCGAAACGAGAAAUGAAACGUCGAAAUAAGGGAUGAGAAACGCAAACAGACAAGUAAACAAACAAACAAGUAAACAAGAGUUCCGAAAAUAGAUUCAUUUUCUAGUCAGACAUUGUCGGUGAACAGUGCCUUAUUGACCCGAUUCCACUUGGAGCGUUUCGAACGUAAAUGCUUACACGUGACGAAUAUAGAGAAUAACGAAGACGCGAAGACUUUUUUGCGAAACGAUUAACUUCAUUUAACUUCGCCCCUUUUGUUGCGAUCGAGAGAAAAGAAAGGAAAAAAGAAAAAAAGGCUAAAAAGGAAUAAGAAAAUAAAAAGAAAUGGAAGAGAACCAUAAUAAUAAAACCGAGAAACGUCCACGCACGGCAAAUUUUUUAUCACGUUUUUUUCGCGUUUUGUUUGCCCCCUUUCUUCUGUGUCUUCGAAGACUUGCCAAUUUCAUCACAAAUGAACGAUGAGCCAUCCGGGAUAAAUAUUUUUAAUCACGACCACCGUAAUCGCGGUUCAUUUCUUUUUUUUCCUUUUUAAUUUAAUUUUAAUUAUUAUUUCGUUUUUUUGUUUUUCGUUCUUUAUUUUAUUUUUUAUUUUUUUAACGCGCUCCAACAGCGUGUUGUAAACCUUUUAAUUAUUUUUCUAGCGUGUAACCAUGUUUCCUUCUUAGUUGCGUAGAUUCUAGAAAAGAAAGAAAAAGAAAAAAGAAAAAAAGAAGCGGAAGAGAUAUGUUAUUAAUUUCCACCCCCGCGAUAACUUCGUAGAACCUUCGAGAUGUAGAGUCGAUAAGAUGAAAAUAUAUAAAGUAUAAUAAAUACGUUGUUGAAAUUUCUUGUCGCCACGCGACCUUUUUUUUUUUUUUUUUUUGUUCCGUUUUGUUUCGAAUAUUAUUUUCGUUUGUUGCGACACACCGGAAAUAUCGUUCCUCCGAUUUAUUAUCGUACUUUAUAUGAUGAUAUCGAUGUUUGUUCUAUAUAUAUAUAUAUAUAUUACGCAUAUAAUAUAUUCUAAAUAUAUAUAUUUUAUUUUCUAACGCCAACGAUGGACGGAUACGUUGCUCGGCCUAAAAGUCAUGUCACAUGCGGUACAAUACUGCGCACGUAUGAACUUGCCUCUUUCCCCCCCUCCCCCCUCUCUUUUUAAGUAGAAUAUUAUUAGUCCCUUUGUUUUUUUUGUUCAGCCGUUGA